ACGAAUCUGGCAUUACCCCAACUGUCUAUCUCUUCACUACUCUCAACUUACAUGCGCAGAUCUCUUUCUCUCUCUCUCUCUCUCUCUCUCUCUCUCUCUCUCUACAAACCAAAAAAGCCCAACCGAAGUCUCUUAAAAACCAUUUAUUGUCUUCUUUUCUUGUCAUUAGUAACAGCACUUGUUGUGCUUAUAUGCAUUAAUUGUUCAUUGAUUACUCUAAUGUGAAAAAACCUUUGGGUUUUUACGUUUUGGGUAUUCGAGAAUUGACCUAAAGAGUUCUCCUUUUUCUGGUACUGAUGGGGUUUCUUGAUUUAUAGUAAUAAUCUUGCUAUUUUAUGAAUUGGGUUGUCAAAAAGUUUUGAUUUUUGAUUUUGGUUUAUGAGAAUUUUGUAUUCUUGAUAUGGGUUUUAGAGAUUGGACCAUUUAGUUAAGUCUUGUAUGAAUCUUGAUUCGAGUGGGCAUGUAGGGUUUAGUUGAAUGAGCUGCAAUUUGGUAACUGGUGGGAGAUACAGUUACCUUUUAUUGUUAUAUAGUUGGAAUUUUUUGAUUCUUUACAAGUGAAUUGGGGUUAGAUUUUUUUUAGGUUUUAUAGAAAAUUUGGAGAUUUUUUUUUGCUGGGAGCUGGUUUGUUUGAUUGGCUUUUUCAGUUAAAUUGACUUAUGAGAUACUAACUUGAAGGAGUUACAAGAAAGAGAAAUUUGUUGAUUUUUUUUGGUAUAGAAUAAUUUUGUGUUAAUAUGUCUGGUGGAACACCAGUUGGUGGUGGUGGAUAUGUGAGGCAGAGGCUAAGUCAAGGGUAUGGUUCGAGUGGUGAUGAUCUUGAGGAUGAUGCUUGUUCUAGGUUCGUUUCGCAAUCACAAACAAUUCCAAUUCCCAGGACAAGGACAUGGACUGAGAUCUUAGAGAAUUUUCUUUGGAUUGCUUCUGCAUUAUUCAUUGUAUACUAUGGUGAUUGGCAUCACAAUUUGAUUUUCCUUUUGUGGCAUGAUGGUCGAAUUAGGAGAAUACCACUAUACAUUGGGAUGUUUGGUGUAGGUUUGAAUGUUAUGUUUUUCUUAUAUACAAGUAUGUUGGCUUUGGGCGUCCGGAAGUCAUAUGAGAAGUGGGAGAUUUCCAGUACAGCUGCCCUUCCCUUCAUCACUGUGCUUGGGCUGCUGUCUUUCCUAUUGUUCUGUUAUGCUCUGUGGCCUAUUUGGAGCUUGUUGACCCUUCCUCUUGUGUUCACUCUAUUCAUGGCUUGCAUGGUUAUACUUCCAUAUUUGGUUCUCGGGACAUUCAAGCCGCAAACUGAUUUGCUUCGUACAGAUUAGAUACGUUGGGUUAACAAUGACAAAAUUUACGUCCCACUGACUUAGCUGAAGGUGCAUAUAGCGCAAGGUGUAUACGGGUAAUGAACCAUUCAGAUCCAUUGCAGUAGUUCAAAGUUUCUUUUGAACGAUUAGUUUUAAAUGAAGUAAAUAUUUGUAAGUUUUGAUAGUGUUUCAAAAGUGCAUUGGAUUCUAUAAUAUUUUGCAACAUACAUGCUGAACAAAGAGUAAAUUGUUCCCCUCAUGAACUAUGCCACGACUCACACUUUUUGGUGAUAACAAGUGGUGUCCUAGCCGGUUUGUAAGCACCACAUCUAUUCCACCGGACAUGCUACUUCCCACCAGCACAGGUACUAGUAACUCUAUCCACCAAGACUUAGGCAUAUGGGAAGAAUCACUUUAUCUCUGUCGA